AUAUUCUUUUCUAUUCUAGACACGAGGCCCGAAAUUUUGGGGGAGGGGAAGUCGAUUAGAUCGACCUCAGUAUGCAGCUGGUACUUAAUUUAUCGAUCCCCGAAAGGAUGAAAGCCAAGUCGACCUCGGCGGAAUUUGAACUAAGAACGUAAAGACAGACGAAAUGCCACUAACAUUUCGCCCAGAGUAUUUACGUUUCUUAUUUCUUUAUUGCCCAUAAGGGGACUAACAAAGACAGACAAAGAAAUUAAGUCGAUUACAUCGACCCCAGUGCGUAACUGUUACUUAAUUUAUCGACCCCGAAAGGAUAAAAGGCAAAGUCGACCUCGACGGAAUUUGAAUUCAGAACGUAAAGACAGACGAAAUACCAGUAAGCAUUUCACCAAGCGUGCUAACGUUUCUGCCAGCUCGUCACCUGAAUGAGUCUUCACAUAUUAAGAUAUGCUGAUAGAUACUUGAGAAAAAAGAUUGAAAAUAAUAUCUUUACUGUCUAAAUAACUUAUUCUAUAAACUCAUAAUCACCAGCAGAAAGCCAGCGUGAUUUAUUUUAUGUAUAUAAAAUUGUAAACUAGGACUGCGUAAUUGAAAUUUUUAAUUUCUAAGGAUGUAAAUCAUUUUGUAUAACGUACCAAAUGUUGACGUAUUUAAAUUCGAAAUGCUCUAAGUAUUGAAACAGAUAGUAAAUUAUUCUCCUAAGCAAGGACGUUUUCAACAUUAAUAAUAUUUAGUGACGUAAUGAAAUUAUAUCUUUUCAAUUUUUUUAUUCGUAAUUACAACUUGAAGUAAUGUGAUUUCUUUUUUUUAAAGUUUUUUCGCUUAUUCUUUUAUUAAUUUUCAUCAAAUAAACUUUUAUGAUCAAUUAUUAUCAUUUAUUUCGAUAAAUUCAUAUGCUGUCGAGGAAUCGCACAUGUUGGAGCUAUCCUUUUCUGCUUAUAAAGUUGUUGCUUAUUGAUAUACGAAAGUUCGGCUAUAAAUCAUCACUUACUUAACAACAGAUUUCUAUGUAGGCUCAGAGUAGUAAACAAAUUAAUUGCUGAUCAUAGUAAAAAUAAUCUACUUAAAAUCUUGAGUUCUUUUUUUUAAAAAUGAAUCAAGACAACAACGUGACCGAAUCAAAGGGUAUAAUGUUUAAUUAUGACAGCAGUUUAGAGGCGUUCAUCCGAAACGAGUUCUAUCGUCAGCAGAAAGAAAACCCGAAUAAAGACCAGAUAGAUUCCAUCAAAAUUAACCAGUUCUUUGAAAGGGCUCUUUCUGAAACUCGAAGGAUGAACGAUGCCAUUAAGAAUAGUCAUAAACAACGUAAUCUGCUUCGAAAAGAAUUUGGUUUGAGAAUGCUCAGUGAUUGGUUAAAAGAACAUCAAACUGAAAUUUUGGAACCAUUCCAAGAAAAAAAAGAAGAAAAAUAAAAGAUAAUUAUCAAAAAAAAA